GAAGAGGCUAAGGCGGGAGCGUGGUAGUACGGGGAGAUGGAGAUUCCGGACUGACACUUCGGGUCCCUUUCCACUCUGUUGCAGGUCCCGCGAGCGAGAGGAUACGAUGCUGCGGCGGCUGGUUCAGCAGUGGAGCGUCGCGGUGUUCCUGUUGAGCUACUCGGUGCCCUCCUGCGGGCGCUCGGUGGAGGAACUCGGCCGCCGGCUCAAAAGAGCUGUGUCUGAACAUCAGCUCCUUCAUGACAAGGGGAAAUCUAUCCAAGACUUACGACGACGAUUCUUCCUUCACCACCUGAUUGCAGAAAUCCACACAGCUGAAAUCAGAGCUACCUCGGAGGUUUCCCCCAACUCCAAGCCUGCUCCCAACACAAAGAACCACCCAGUCCGAUUUGGGUCUGACGAUGAAGGCAGAUACCUAACUCAGGAAACCAACAAGGUGGAGACAUACAAAGAGCAGCCACUGAAGACACCCGGCAAGAAAAAGAAGGGUAAACCUGGAAAACGCAAGGAGCAGGAAAAAAAGAAACGGCGAACUCGGUCUGCCUGGCUAAACUCUGGUGUGGCUGGGAGUGGGCUAGAUGGGGACCACCCAUGUGACAUCUCUGCGACAUCGCUGGAGCUCAAUUUACGGAGGCAUUGAAAUCUUUAGCAAAGACAUUCAGAGGACGUAUUACAGGAUUCUGUAAUAGUGAACAUAUGGAAAGUAUUAGAAAUAUUUAUUGUCUGUAAAUACUGUAAAUGCAUUGGAAUAAAACUGUCUUCCCAUUGCUCUAUGAAACUGCACAUUGGUCAUUGUGAAUAUUUUUUUGCCAAGGCUAAUCCAAUUAUUAUUAUCACAUUUACCAUAAUUUAUUUUGUCAACUGAUGUAUUUAUUUUGUAAUGUAUCUUGUGCUGCUGAAUUUCUAUAUUUUUUGUAACAUAAUGCACUUUAGAUAUACAUAUCAAGUAUGUGAUAAAUGACACAAAAAGUGUCUCUAUUUUGUGGGUGAUUUUAAUAAUGCCUAAAUAUAUUAUCCAAACUGAUUUUCCUCUGUGCAUGUAAAAAUAGCAGUAUU